AGUCAGUUCCAAAAAAAAAACCAAGAAAAGCCCUAACCCUUCAAUUGGUUUACUACAACAUUUAUUAACAUUUUAUAAUGGGUAAAGGUGGAUUUGGUGAACGUGGUGGCCGUGGCGGCGGUCGUGGCGGAUUUCGUGGAGGCCGUGGAGGUGGUCGCGGAGGCUUUGGUGGCGCUUCACAAGGUCCUCCUGCUGAAGUAGUUCCCAUGGGGUCCUUUAUGCAUGCCUGUGAAGGUGAAAUGGUUUGCAAAUCAAUUAACCCAAAGAUUCCGUAUUUCAAUGCACCUAUUUUCCUCGAAAACAAAUCGCAAAUUGGCAAAGUAGAUGAAAUUUUAGGCCCUUUAAAUGAAGUUUAUUUUACUGUCAAAAUGCAAGAAGGAAUGGUAGCUAAAUCUUUCAAACCUGAUGAUAAAGUGUAUAUCGGCACAGAUAAACUAUUACCAAUGGAGCGUUUCUUGCCAAAGCCAAAGACUGUUGGAAAAGGUAAAUUAAAUUUAGAAAUGAUUGGGUAGUAGCUUUUGAUCAAGUAAGAACAACCAUAGACUAAACUAACGUAUUUUCGGUUUUUUAGUGAGUAAACCUACUGGUAAUCAAGGUCGCGGAGGAUUUGGUGGUCGAGGUGGAGCCCCACGUGGAGGAGGUCGUGGUGGUUUUGGAGGUCGUGGCGGUAGCCGCGGAGGAUUUGGUGGUCGAGGUGGUGCCCCACGUGGAGGAGGUCGUGGUGGUUUUGGAGGUCGUGGCGGU